AUGUCUCUCUCCUCCAAGGCUACCACCUCGCUGGUCCGCCACGCCGCCCGCCAGCAGCUUCCCGCCCUGCGCUCGUCCACCUCCGUCGUCCAGAAGCGCAACCGAGCAGACGUGACGGAUGCCUCCACAUCACACGCCGAGUUCAAGUCACCUUUCCACCGCGGUCUCGGCGGCAAGCAGGACACGACCGUCAUCCCCAGCUUCAAGAAGUACCGCGCUUCCGGAGGCGAGAACACCAACAAAUUGUUCCAGUACUUCAUGGUGGGCGCCUUCGGUGGUCUCUCUGCGCUGGGAGCGAAGAACACGGUGCAAGACUUCCUUGUAAACAUGUCCGCCUCCGCCGAUGUCCUCGCCCAAGCCAAGGUCGAAGUCGACCUCGCGACCAUCCCCGAAGGCAAGAACGUCAUCAUCAAAUGGCGCGGCAAGCCCGUCUUCAUCCGCCACCGAACGAGUGAUGAGAUCAAGGAAGCCGAGGACUACGACUGGAAGAACCUCCGUGACCCUCAACCCGACUCCGACCGCGUCAAGAAGCCCGAAUGGCUCAUCAUGUUGGGCGUCUGUACCCACUUGGGUUGUGUGCCCAUUGGCGAGGCUGGUGACUAUGGUGGCUGGUUCUGCCCGUGCCACGGUAGCCAUUACGAUAUCUCAGGACGUGUGAGGAAGGGCCCGGCACCGCUCAAUCUCGAGGUGCCAGAGUACGACUUCCCAGAAGAUAAUGCGCUUGUCAUUGGUUAG